AUGCUAGUCGCUGAUUGGAUGCCUGCUUUCAAGCAACCCGAACCCCACAGGGUUAGACGCAGAUCAUUGGUGGCAGCAACGGCAGGGGUGGCAGCUGCACGACAGGGGGAGUCCAACCUCAACUCGACGACAGUCACUCUCUUGCCGCCCAACCAGCGACUGUCCCGCCCAGGCCGGCGUCCAACCUCACGCUCUUUCGGCAGAAAUGGUCCUGCUCGACACAGGCCUCCAUCCAAUGGAUUCCAAGCACUUGCAUAUGCGCCAGCCCCGCCCCGGGUUGCGACGACUUUGAGCGCCAAGCACCGCCAGAGAAUGAGUCCUCUCUCGUCCCUCUCGCCGUGGAACAGAUCGAGCAUCACCACCCGCCCGGCCAUGUUCCAUGAACCCGAGCACAUGUUUCUGCAGCCAUUGAUGGGCCGAGUAGCUUCUGAUGACACGGUGAAGAGGCUUCCAAGAACGCUGCUUGUAGCUCUGGGCAUUUGCAGUUAA